AUGCAUUGCUCGCUCGGCUUGGGAAGGACAGUGGAGGCUCAGUGGAGGUGCAGUGGAGGCGCGGUGGAGGAGAGGGGCAAGCUGAGGGAGCUGCUUUGGGAGGACGAGCCAGUGCCGAUCCGUAACCCCGAGCUCGUGGACGUGCUGCUGAAGGUGCAAGAAGCUGAGGAAAAGCUGACACAAGCCAGGAAAGCGGAAGAGAAGGGGGCUGAUGCUAGCGAGAAGAGCAGGGGCGUGCGAUCCAAGCGCGGUGGGGUCGCUUCGUAUGACGCGAUCUUGCUUGCUCUCAGUGAAGCGAAGGAUGUAUCGCGCAAGCUUGUAGAGGUUCACAAGGUUCGUGCCCACAGCAUGAUUUGA